CUGGCCCGAGUUUGUCCGCUAUGAGGCGGAGAGGAGGAGAGGACUGUCGGUGUUCCACCCCGGUCUGUCCCAGUCCGUCCCAGUCCGCUGUCAUGAGGAGAGAGGGAGUUUCUCAAGUCGCACCUGAGACUCGGGACGAAUAAUAAUAAUAAACAACAACAACAACAACAACCCAGUUUUAUAAGAAGAAUUGUUGUGAAAGUUUCCUCCGGAGAGAGAGAGAGAGAGAGAGGGAUGGCGUCUAUCGGGGAGUUCGACCCGCUUAACACCAGCGUCCCUGCCACAAAGAUAGAAGUGACCGUGUCGUGCAGAAACCUGCUGGAUGUGGACACGUUCUCUAAGUCUGAUCCAGUUGUUGUCUUAUACGUGCAAGGAAUUGGGACGAAAGAAUGGAGAGAGUUUGGCAGGACCGAAGUGAUCGAAAACACUCUGAAUCCUGACUUUGUAAGGAAGUUUGUCCUGGACUACUUUUUUGAGGAAAAGCAGAAUCUCCGAUUUGAUGUAUACAAUGUGGACUCCAGAAGUUCAAACAUUUCGAAGCAUAAAUCCUUCCUGGGACAGACUUUCUGCACCCUGGGAGAGAUCAUUGGCUCAUCCGGCGCUCGUCUGGAGAGACCGCUGUCGGGAAUCCCAGGCAAAAAAUGCGGGAACAUCGUAUUUACAGCGGAGGAGCUCAGCAAUUGCAGGGAUAUUGCUACCAUGCAGUUCUGUGCCAAUAAGCUGGAUAAGAAGGAUUUCUUUGGGAAAUCCGAUCCUUUCCUGGUGUUUUACCGCAGCAACGAGGACGGCACGUUUACUAUCUGCCAUAAAACUGAGGUGAUCAAAAACACUCUGAAUCCAGUGUGGCAGCCCUUUACCAUCCCUGUACGUGCUUUGUGUAAUGGAGAUUAUGACAGAACGGUUAAAAUCGACGUCUACGACUGGGACCGAGACGGAAGUCAUGAUUUUAUUGGCGAGUUUACCACCAGCUACAGAGAGCUGUCUCGAGGCCAGAGCCAGUUUAAUGUGUAUGAGGUCCUCAACCCCAAAAAGAAAGGCAGGAAAAAGAAAUACAUAAACUCUGGCACAGUGACGCUUUUGUCCUUCAAAGUGGAAUCAGAGUACACGUUUGUGGACUUCAUCAGGGGCGGGACUCAGCUCAACUUCACAGUAGCCAUAGACUUCACAGCUUCCAACGGUAACCCGGCUCAGCCCACGUCUCUCCACUACAUGAGUCCGUAUCAGAUGAAUGCCUACGCAAUGGCGUUAAAAGCGGUUGGUGAAAUCAUUCAGGAUUAUGACAGCGACAAACUCUUUCCUGCUUAUGGGUUUGGGGCUAAAAUUCCUCCUGAUGGAAACGUCUCGCAUGCUUUUCCUCUGAACUCAGACUGUGAGAAUUCUAACUGUGUGGGAAUCGAGGGAGUCCUGGAAGCCUAUUACGAAUGUCUGCGUACGGUCCAACUCUACGGACCCACCAACUUCGCUCCCGUCAUCACCCAGGUGGCUGAGUCGGCAGCGGGUGUGACGGACGGCUCGCAGUACUUUGUGUUGCUCAUGAUUACGGAUGGCGUCAUCUCUGACAUGGCGCAGACUAAAGAGGCCGUCGUCAACGCGUCCUCCUUGCCCAUGUCAAUUAUCAUCGUCGGGGUGGGACCUGCCGAGUUUGACGCGAUGGAGGAGUUGGACGGUGACGAGGUGCGGGUGUCCUCCCAGGGCCGUGUCGCUGAACGAGACAUUGUUCAGUUUGUUCCGUUCAGGGACUACAUCGACCGCUCGGGAAAUCAGGUUCUGAGCAUGGCGCGUCUGGCCAAGGACGUACUGGCUGAGAUCCCUGAACAGCUGCUGUCUUUUAUGAAAAGCCGUGGCAUCGAACCCAGACCCGCGCUCUCCCAUUCUCCUACGCCGCACAUCCAUGUACAUCUCUGAUCCCUGAUCAAGCACUCGAUCCCACUGCAUAUUAUCUGGAUAUAACCAUUUUAAAUGUAUUCAAUAUUGACAAAAAUAACACAGUACCUAUAUCUAAUACAGUCUCGGUGUAUGUAGUGACGUCACCCUUUAACGGUAAUUAUAAACUUGUUUGUCAUCUGUUUGCAAUUACUCAGGUUUAAAGUAAUGUCUUCUCAUCUAUGGAUGUAUCACAGCACUGUAUGGAUUUCCUACAUGUUGUAGAUAUUUGUUCGAAACUGAUGCGUUAAAACACUCUCGAUCUCAAUUUCCUUCUUUAGUCGUUUUCUUUUCACUCUUUUUUUUAUUCUUUUAAGACAGCUUUCGAACUCGUAUAUAUUUACCCUUUAUAUACUCAGAGGGAACCAGUGGUGUAAAUAAGUGCAGCUAUUUCUAAAUGGACAUUUUAUAAAAGGAAAUUAAACAGGCACUGUUGAGAAAGAGAAAAACUAAAGACAUUGUUUGCCCGUAAAGCAGAAACCCUAAAUUGUUUUAUGACAUAUAUUCCAUAAGAACGUUUCAAAAAACUAUAUUAAUCCAUUUAAUUAUCUUUUUUAUUAUAAUUUUUUUUUUUUAGAUUUAAUGUUGCGGAAACAUCUUUGAAAUACAUUACUUCCUGUUUUCCCUUGUGAUAUAAGAGGUGUUAAUAGUCGUUUCUCUCAUCAGCCUCGUUUCAUCUUAAGACAAAGAAAUUGCAGCUUUU